AUGGUCUACCCACCAAUCACUCAAACAUUUGUUGCAUGUCCAAAGCUUGGAUUUUUAAAGAUAAUGACGAACCAAUAUAAACAAAAGAGAGAGAUCACCUUUGGUGAUUUUUACCAAAGUCACAUAAUACUAUUUACCUGUUUAUUUUUAAUAGCCUUACAAAAUUUUCAUUCAAAUAUUUUUGCAGAAGUUCACAUUAAAAUUUGGACACUUAAGUGCCUUAGCUUUUCCUGUGAGCAAACGGAAGCUACAAGUGCUGGAUCUUUGAAGUCUAGACAUUCUGUGUUACUUAAGAAUUGUCUUAGGAAGUGGAAACAUUUUGUCUUUGGCAUAAAAUGA